AAGAAAGUUCGUAAUCCGGAUCGAAUGUACAGAUCAGCAGUGUGUUAUGCUGGCCAUGGUCCACCUAAGAGUAUCAGUGAUGACACAGAGAUGAACAAUGAACAUGGACAUUUGAAAAUAUACCUGCCCAAGAAGCUGCUUGAAUGUCUACCAAAAUGCACCUCGCUGCCAAAGGAGAGACACCGGUGGAACACUAAUGAGGAGAUCGCAGCUUACUUGAUAACAUUUGAGAAGCAUGAAGAAUGGCUAACGACAUCCCCUAAAACAAGGCCGCAGAAUGGGUCGAUGAUACUGUACAAUAGGAAGAAGGUGAAGUACAGGAAGGAUGGCUACUGCUGGAAGAAGAGGAAAGACGGGAAGACCACACGGGAGGAUCACAUGAAGUUGAAAGUGCAGGGAGUUGAGUGUCUGUAUGGCUGCUAUGUCCACUCCUCCAUCAUCCCCACCUUCCACCGCAGGUGCUACUGGCUGCUCCAGAACCCUGAUAUCGUGCUCGUCCACUAUUUGAAUGUUCCAGCCAUUGAGGAUUGUGGGAAGCCGUGCGGUCCGAUACUGUGCUCCAUCAACACAGACAAGAAGGAGUGGGCCAAGUGGACCAAGGAGGAGCUUAUCGGUCAGCUCAAGCCCAUGUUUCAUGGCAUCAAGUGGACUUGCAGCAAUGGGAACAGCAGCUCUGGCUUCUCAGUGGAGCAGCUAGUGCAACAGAUUCUGGACAGCCACCAAACUAAGCCACCUCCCCGGACUCACAACUGCCUCUGCACGGGCACCCUGGGUGCAGGGAGCAGCGUGCACCACAAAUGCAACAGCGCCAAACACCGCAUCAUCUCCCCCAAAGUGGACCCCCGCUCAGGUGGUUACAGCAGUGCCCACUCUGAGGUGCAAAACAAUGAUGUGUCGGAGGGGAAGACCGAGCACAGUGCCCACGGGGGCGGUAAAAGCUCCGGGGGAGGCGGAGGGGGCAGUGCCAGGGAGAAGCGCAACGGCAAAGUCCACAAGCCCGUCCUGCUGCACCAGAACAGCACAGAGGUGUCGUCCACCAACCAGGUUGAAGUCCCCGACACCACGCAGAACUCCCCUGUCUCCAUCAGCAGCGGCCUCAACAGCGAUCCAGACAUGGCUGACAGCCCCGUGGUGACAGGGAUGAGCCACGUGGCCUCCGUCAUGUCUGGCCUGUCCCAGAGUGUCUUUAUGUCUGAGGUCACCGGAGAUCCCGUGUACAGCAUGUCUCCCACCGGGGGUCCCAACACUCACCUGAUGGGUGCGGAUGCCACCUCACAGGGCUUGGGGCUGUCUGUGACCUCCGAUCGUCACAAGUUUGCCUUCCCCAGCGGAGGAGUGGGGGAACCGGGGACCACCGCAGCAGGAGACAGCCUGUCCAUGAUGACUGCUGCUGGGGUGUCUGAGGAACUGGUGCUCUCUAGCAGUCUAGACGCUGGAGGCAUCAAGAUCCCAGAGACCAAUAUGAACUUUGACCCCGACUGCUUCCUGAACAACCCCAAACAAGGCCAGACCUAUGGAGGCAGUGCAAUGAAGACUGAGGGCAACUCUUCCUCGACCUCAUCUUCCUGUGGUGGCAGCAAUGGCACCAACGGCACUCUCCACCGCUCCCCCACCAUGUCAGACAAUGCCUACAUCUUCAACUCAGCUUUGGUGAAGAACAUCAAGACAGAAGACACAUCUUUUGAGCAGCAGCUGGCACACGAGAGUGGCUACCAGGUGGGGGCAGUAGUGAACUGUGGCAGUGGGGUGGCUGUGGCAUCUGGUGCUGGUUCAGGCCAGGGCAGCCUUGGUCUGGCCCCAGGGGGCUCCCUGCUUCCCUCUGGUGGGGGUCUCAGUCCUAGCACUACCCUAGAGCAGAUGGAUUUCAGUGCCAUCGAUGCCAAGCAGGACUAUACUUCCAACACCACCACAGUGAGCUAUGGUCAAGCCAUGUCCAGUCCUCACAUGCAGCACCAGAAUCGUUCCCCAAGCUUCUUCCUCCAGGAUGCCUCUCAGACUAGCCAGCCUCAGCAGGGGAGGCCCGGCAUGGGCCAGAAAACACACUUGAUGGAGCACAACUCUCAUGACUCUGGAGCUUACAUGGGGAUGCAGGUGGUGAAGACAGACUCCCCCGGCACUAAUGGCCACCUUCACCACCACCACCAGGGCCACCAGACCCAGCACAGGGCCAACUGUAACGGAGGCUCACCCACAGAGGGUCCCGGCCACGCUGGCUCUCUUCAGUUGCUUCAGUACCAGGGGAGCUUUCCUGGACUUGGCAAUGAGCACGAGGAGGUGGUGGGUCUAGAGCAGCAAGGCAGUGUGGGCUCGGCCCAGAAUGGAGCCUCCGAGAAUGGAGCAGAGAACAUGCUCAAGCCAGGAGACCACAUUCAGGCCUGUGGAGCAGGAAAUGGAGAAGGAGGGGGCGCAGAGCACUACAUGCAACAGGCUUCGGAUGGCAGCGGAGGAGGGAAUGGAGGUGCAGGAGAAGGAGUAGGGCUUCAUAAUGGAAACAACAACAACGAUGGCAGCAACCGCUCCCAGCAGCAACAGCAGCUGCAGCCUCUCCUCCAAGGCACAAGCAUGGUCCAGGGACUCUUUAACUCCGUUGGCCCCCACCAGGGGCUCGGUGGAGGAGCCAGCAAUGGAGGAGCAGGGGGGACAGGCAUGGAGAUCAGCUUGGAUCACUUCGACAUCUCUUUUGGAAACCAGUUCUCUGACCUCAUCAAUGACUUCAUCUCAGUGGAUGGCAGUGGUGCCACCAUGUCAGCCGGAGGAGCCCUGUAUGCUCACCAGCUCGUCACGUCCCACAGCUCCGACAGCCAGAACACAGCGGGCGGGCCCCCCCAGCAGGGCCAGGAGGACGGAGGGGCGAGGGGCUCUGGAUACAGCAGCUCAGAGCUCUGCCUUCAGUCCUGCUGCAGUCCCCAGUCUCUGAGUGCAGGGGCCGGAGCAGGGGGAAACACAGAUGCAGGAUCGUUGUCCUACAUGAAUGUAGCGGAGGUGGUCUCUGCAGCUGUAGCGCAGGGGGCUCUGGGGAUGCUUCAGGCCACAGGUCGGCUCUUCAUGGUCACUGACUACUCUCCUGAGUGGUCCUACCCUGAGGGCGGAGUUAAGGUGCUGAUCACUGGGCCAUGGCAAGAGGCCAGCACAAACUACAGCUGUUUAUUUGACCAGAUCUCAGUCCCAGCUUCUCUUAUCCAACCGGGGGUGCUGCGCUGCUACUGCCCAGCUCAUGACACAGGUCUGGUGACCCUUCAGGUGGCCGUCAGUAGCCAGAUCAUCUCCAGCUCGGUGGUGUUUGAGUACAAGGCCCGAGCUCUUCCCUCACUGCCAUCAUCUCAGCACGACUGGCUCUCGCUGGAUGAUAACCAGUUCAGAAUGUCUAUCCUGGAGCGCUUGGAGCAGAUGGAGAGGAGGAUGGCGGAGAUGGCCAGCCACCAGCAGCCGGGCAGUGCAGGGAGUGGCGGAGCUGGGGGAGGGACAGGGGGAGGUGGCGGAGGAGGUGGAGGAGGUGGAGGCAACAACAGCCAGUCACAGUGUGUGUCUGGCCAGAUUCAAGCAGGCAGCUCUUUUGAGAGCCGCGUGGUGGUGGUCUGUGAGAAGAUGAUGAGCAGAGCUUGCUGGGCCAAGUCCAAACAUUUAAUCCACUCUAAGACCUUCCGAGGAAUGACACUCCUUCACCUGGCUGCAGGCCAGGGAUACGCCACCCUCAUCCAGACACUCAUCAAGUGGCGCACUAAGCAUGCUGAUAGUAUUGAUUUAGAGUUGGAAGUGGACCCUCUGAAUGUGGAUCACUUCUCCUGCACGCCUCUGAUGUGGGCGUGUGCCCUGGGUCACCUGGAGGCAGCAGUGGUCCUGUACAAAUGGGACCGACGUGCCCUCGCUAUCCCUGACUCUCUCGGCCGCUUACCCCUGUCGAUCGCCCGCUCUCGUGGCCACACCAAAUUGGCUGAAUGUCUGGAGCAGCUCCAGAGGGAAGAGCAGCAGGUUCCAGCCCCUCUACCGCCCGCAGCUCGCAUGUCCUUCUCCCCGGGCCCAGACGCCCCCACCACAGACAGCUGGAUGGUCAGCUGGGCAAACGACAGUGUAGUCGCACCCAGCAGCAAGACAGGAGGUCCUGCCACCACCACAACCACAUCCAGCACCACCAGCCUCAAUCCAGACCUGAGAAGGCCCAGAUCAGAGCCUUCCAACUACUACAGCAGCGAGGGCCAGAGAGACCUCCCACUUGCUAAAAAACAUAAACCCAACCCAGAACUCUCUCAGACACGGCCGGACAAGGCCAUGUCUGUUCCUCUGAGCCUGGAGCAGCAGCAGCUCCACAAGCUGUCCUCCAGUCCCAAAAGCCUGUCCUCAGAGGGCCUGAGCUCAGACAAGGGCCUGUCCACAGGAGGCUGCCCAGGGACAGUCAGAUGGACAUCGAGAGAGAGCUUCUCCAGCAGCGGCGUGGGAAGGAAGACGCUGGGGGUCGGUGGAGGCAGCAGCCUUGGGAAGGAGAAGCUGGUCAACCGGUUGCGUCAGCGAGAGCAGCUCGGCAUGCUGGUGAUGGCAGACAGAGAAAUGGCUGAUGCAGAGCUGUUAUCCUAUCGGGAGGAUCUGGAGAACCAGGACUGUCUCACGCAGAUGGAUGACUUACAGGUGAACAUGAUGACUCUGGCAGAGCACAUCAUCGAGGCCACGCCGGAGAGAAUCAAGAGGGAGAACUUCACCGCUGCCGACUCUGUGCCCUCAGACACGUCGGCGGUCAGCAACACCAUGAACUGGCUGGCCAACUACCUGGGAGAUGUGGAGCAGCUGCCGAGCAUCAUACACCUGCGAUCUCUUUACAAUGAGCCCCUGACCCCCUCGUCCAACACCAGCCUCAGUCCUGGCGGGUCUCCGCUCAGAGAGACGCCCCUGGAGCGCUCCACCCUCCCGUCCCCGGCCGACUGGAGUGAGUUCAUCAACGCCUCCAACAGCAAGGUGGAGCGAGACCUGGCCCAGCUGACUCUGUCCGACCCCGAGCAGAGAGAGCUGUACGAGGCCGCCCGCCUCGUCCAAACCUCCUUCCGCAAGUACAAGGGACGGCCGCUCCGAGAGCAACAGGAAGUAGCUGCUGCUGUUAUUCAACGUUGUUACAAGAAGUACAAACAGUACGCACUUUAUAAGAAGAUGACGCAGGCCGCCAUCCUUAUCCAGAGUAAAUUUCGCAGCUACCAUGAACAGAAGAAGUUCCAGCAGAGCAGGAGGGCGGCCGUGCUCAUUCAGCAAUACUACCGCAGCUACAAGGAGUUUGGGAGGCUGAAGCCUCACCACCGCGGGGCCGCUGCUGCCCUGGUGCAGCACAAACUGAGAGGUAGUCUGCUCACAAAGAGGCAGGAUCAGGCUGCCAGGAAGAUCAUGAGGUUCCUCCGUCGCUGUCGCCACAGCCCCUUGAUGGACCAUAGACUGUUCAAGCGGGGUGAAAGAAUUGAAAAGGGCCAGGGAACAUGAGGCCCCUCAGACGAGCCCCCUCGCGAUGUGACAUCACUCUCCUGACUCCUCUGUUUUUCUUUUUUCCGUUUGUACCCGAGACAUUUUACAAGAGAAAUGGGAAAUAAAAAAAAAAAACAUCAAUGCAAGCACUGCAAUUAUUACUACUUCUGCAGUGUUACUGGUUCAACUACUAUUACAUGUACGACAGCAUUUUUUCACAUAUCUUUUCUCUCCACUGACUUGAUUUUGGACAGAGAGUGGCGACUUCUACGGGAUUAUAAACUCUAAGGGUCGGGGUGGGAGUGGGGGGGGGCUUGCUGAACAUUUGCUUCAUGGCAUUUUUUGCACUUUUUUCGUGGAUUGCUUUGUCUUUAUUUGGACGUGAAGAGGUUUUGGACGAUUGGAGGGACAUGUCCGAGGAGGUCUGAGGACCUGGAGAGACGUGAAUCACGGCUGCUGCAGUAGAUCCCAGAGGUUUCGGGGCGAACACGCAGAAAACACUCUGGGCUCUGAUCGUAAUUUCAUAUUUUUUUAAGCGACCAGUCAUUCGAGGACGGAUUUUCUUCAACCAGAUGUAUUGGUGACCCACGCGCUCAUUUCUACCACUGCUGUAGAUGGUGAUAUUCAAUUUAGCUCCACACCUCCUCCUGUCCCACUGUGCUCUACCCCCCACCCAGUCUGCCCACACGGGUGGAGCUACAAAUUGAAUGUAGUCCGGGGUUUGACCAUUCGGAUGCAGAUGGGGUCAUAAAAUAUUUCUGUUUUGCCAUUUCUUAAAGAAAACCCAAUGCUUUAUGGUAUAUAUCGUCACUUUAUUACUUGAAUUUGCUCCAUACUGUCCGAUGUAUUCGUUCCAUCACGUCUAAUGUAUUGAUGAUCUGUAUCUUCAGACUCUAUGUUGUUGAGUCCUACCAAGAAAAAAAAUGCAUGAAUUCUUGGCGAGGGAAAAAGUCUUUGCUUGUGUGCUUAUGGUCUAGUCUUUCAGCCUAUCCUAUGAUUUUCCAUUUGGUUCCCACUCUAGUGGCGCACACAUCCAUCUUCUCCUCCAUGAGUUCUGACAUCUCGGUAAUGAAGCUAUCCCUGUGUUCGUCCAUUCUGUUCGAUAGAUUGCUCCUCUCACACCUAACGAGAGAGAAGAACUUGCCCCUUGUUUGUGUUGUACCGGUUCUGGUCAUGCAGGUUAUUACUGUUCUUUUUAAACGAACUUCGGAGCCUGUGAAGGCUUCUGAGGGGAAGAUCACAUACAUUGCCUUGACGUCUUAGAGAUUCUUUGAGGGGUCCCUAAGCUUGUCCCGAAAUAGGGGUUUGACAAAUCCAUAUUUUUGACAAUUGAGCGAUUUCUGUAUAUAAAGAAGGCUGAAAGUACGUAGGAAAAAACAUUUACCCAAAAGGGAUUGUAUUUUAGAGAUAUAUUAUUUUAUUCAUUAAAAAUGGGUCAAAAACAGGUACGAGACAAAAACAGAAUAUUUGUAUAGUUUUGUUUGAAUGCCUAAGAAGUAUGGUUGUAUUGUUUGUAUAUAGUGUAAAUACCUGGGAUAAAAAUGAGCUAUGUGCAUGAAAAGUAUGAACAGAGUCAAAAGGGGAAAAAAACAAACAAAAGCAGUAGUGGCUAUGCUCUGUAAAGUUUAAACUAUUUCACUAUUAGAGUAUUUUAUUUUAUUUUGAUCGUUCUUGAGAAGAACAUUUUGCUAAAGCAUGAUAUUAAUGCAAUAUGAAAAAGUAAAAAAACUGUAUUUAGAGUUUAGGAGAAGUCUGCAAAAUUAUCUUUAAAGUACGGCUACGUUUUAUUUAUCUUUUUCUUUCCUUUUGUUUUGGGCUACCAAGAAGAUUUUGCCAAUGGUGCCGAGGUACGUGAAUGCUAUAAAAGCUUAAGAAGAGAAUUAAGUUCAAUUGUUUUGCAGAACAGAUAAUCAUACAGUGAAAUACACACUAGCACUAAAGACCAUAAGAUCACAACUGGCGGAGGAUCAAUAGAUCACCGAGGUUAACACAGUUUGCAGAGGGAGUCGUCGUGUUCUAGCAGGAAGCAGUUUAAAACUCAUGCCCCCCCCCCACUCCCACCGUCCCCACAGAUAACUGAAGCAUUUACCAUCACUGAAUUUACCAUAGAUGCGUUUGAGAUUUGUAUUUUCUUUGUUGUCAUUGCAAAUGGAAUGUGACGCGUUUCUGAGAUAUCUCUUCUGCUCCUGAAGAUUGUAAAAGGCAGCCUUGCCCUCGGCGUCCCAAUAAAGCAAAUCCACGUUAUUACUCUGUCACUGCCAGAAAGAUUGACCCCCCCCGCCCCUUUCAAAACUCUGAUUUAUCCCCCGUCAUACUAAUCCGGGGACCAGAUCUGACUAAUAAAUGUUCUAAUGAAAAGAAAACUCCUUGAUCAAGGCUGCCGGGAUUGAAAUGUGACCUUGUUAUUCCAAAAUGAACCAAGUUGAAAAAGAAAAGCCAUGUGUAGCGAACUGUGCACGAGUGGAUUUUGCGAGCUGAGCGGUCGCAGGUGCUAAAGAAGCAGGUCACCUCGAUGCCGGGUCAGUGGUGGCUGUGAUGUACCGGUGCCAUUUAUAAUUGUGAGACCUGCGAUGUGUCUUGUGUGUAGCAGUUGUGAUCGACACGUGUAGGAAGACGCACACUGGUCUCGAGGUGCCUGUCGGUUGCUGCCUAUGAAUCCUUAAAUAAUAUAUAUUUCCCCAGCAGAGCUACCAGAAAGUGUUUUUUCUGAUUCCCAAGUUCCCACCACGUGUGAUAACUCAGCCAAGUGCCACUGAAAAACAUGAGUCUUCUCUCCCCACGUGUUGUCGUGUUUGUUAAAAAACAAACGAUUAUUAGGCUCCAAUGGUUGUUUCUAAAUUGUUUGCCCGUUUUUCCCGCUCAUCUGACGUGAACUUUAUUUCCCUGAGUGUUAAUGUAGAAAGUGCCUAUUCAUAUCCUGACGUGAGGAAUCCCAGAGAACAUGGUUC